GGCGGGAGCCGCGCCGGGAGCUAUGGCGGCGGCGGCGGCAGCAUUGGCGGCGGCCACCUGGGGGGCGAGGGGAGCGGGGAGGAGGAGGCGGCGGGGCGGGAUGGAGGCGAGGCGGUGCCCGGGCCUGCCGUAGGGCCGCCAUGGAAGCGCCGCGGCCGCCUCCGUCGGGCAGGCAGGCGCAGUCCGGGUGGGGCGCGGCGGCGCUGCUGGGCCGCGAGCGUCAGGCCCGCGAGCUCUGUCCCGGCGUGAAGAGCCAGCCGUACGUGUGCGAGACGGGCCACUGCUGCGGCGAGACCGGCUGCUGCAUCUACUACUACGAGCUCUGGUGGUUCUGGCUGCUCUGGACGGUCCUGAUCCUGUUCAGCUGUUGCUGCGCCUACCGGCACCGCCGCGCCAAGUUGCGCCUGCAGCAGCAGCAGCGGCAGCGCGAGAUCAACCUCAUUGCCUACCACGGUGCCUGCAACUACCCGCCCUCCGCGGGGGAGCUCCGGAUGCUGGCUUCCUUCAAGCUGCCGGCCUACGAGGAGGUGGCCCAGCGCCCCGCCACCCCACCGCCCCCCUACAGCGCCUCUGCCACCGCCGCCCUCCUCGGGGGCUCCAGCACCUUCACGCUGAGCGGCAGCUCGGAGAACUGCACCAGCUGCUCCUGCGAGUCCAGCUGCCUGACCUCCCCUGGCAGCACCUCCCUGUCGGCCACCGAGUCCAGCAGCCCCAGCGAAGCGGAGGCCGAGGGUGGUGGUGGUGGUGGAGGAGGCCCCGCGGGGGAUAGCUGGGAGCUCCCGGCCGCCUCCUCCAAGAGCGCCCUCUUCUCCUCCCACGACGUGGAGCUCUUCGAAAGCGACUUCCAGCGCCUCUCGGAGGAGGAGGAGCCCUAUGCCCGGGAAGAAAACGCGCGGCACCGGCGCCUGACGGGGGACUCCGGGAUCGAGGUGGGCCGAGGCCAGGAUGAGGAAGAAGCUGCGAGUGAGGAGGAGGGGGGGACCCGUUUGCUUGGCAAAGGGGCGGCCUGCAGGCAGCAGGGGGAGCCCUCUGAAGGGGCCACCGAGGAACUGGCCUCCUCACCAACGUUGCCUGUCUGAACCGGGGCCUCUUGUGCUCGGCUGCCCCAGCCACCUGGAAGACUGAGCUGCCUUUGGUUCACUGUGGAGAGUUGCGCCUUAUCCUCACUUCCCUGCCCAGAUGGACAGACGGACACCUGCUUCAUCCUCUCCCGCUCUGCCAUUUCCGCUCCCCCCUUAGUGCUGCCUUGGGAGCUUUCUGGGGACAGGAACCCAGAGCCCUUGCUGGCAGAGAGGGGAGCUACGUGCUGGAUCUUAACUAUAGUGAUAGCUCUGUGUGUGUGUGUGUGUGUGUGUGUGUGUGUGUGUGUGUGGUUCCUGCUGUGCUCCAGCUUUGAUGUAAGGCAUGGCGUAGUAGGUGAAGCCCCUCCCCAUUUCCAGGUCGCAUUGGGGUUUGCUGGUUGCAUGGAGAGAUGGCUGUGGCCAACACCGAUUCUGCCCUGGGAGCGGGGAGCUGGCCUUCCUGUUGGCCAGUGUCCUACAGGAGCCUGGUCGCACUGUGUGCUUCUUAUUAAACAAGACAAGGAAAAUCCUGACUCUUGGAGGCCCUUUCCAUUGUGCGGUGGGGGGAGGG